CGGCGCAAAGCCUGCUAACACGCCUGCGCGGGCGGGCGUGCCCCGGAAGCAGUUCUUUGGCCGGUGACACGUAGCAACAAGGCUACUGCAGGGUCUGGAACUGUGUUUGGGGGGUUACGAGGCGCCCCUGGAGCUGCCGCCGCCGCCGCUGGAGCGUUCGAUCGUUUGCAAUGUCAGGCUUUGACAACUUAAACAGCGGUUUCUACCAAACAAGUUACAGUAUCGACGAGCAAUCUCAGCAGUCCUAUGACUAUGGAGGAAGUGGAGGACCCUACAGCAAGCAGUAUGCUGGCUAUGACUACUCGCAACAAGGCCGUUUUGUCCCUCCAGACAUGAUGCAGCCACAGCAAACAUACACAGGGCAGAUUUAUCAACCAACCCAAGCCUAUCCUUCAACUGCACCUCAGCAAUUCUAUGGAGACAGCUUUGAGGAGGAGCCUCCUUUGUUAGAAGAACUGGGUAUCAAUUUUGAUCACAUCUGGCAAAAAACGCUGACGGUGCUGCACCCCCUGAGAGUGGCUGACGGCAGCAUUAUGAACGAGACCGACCUGGCAGGACCUGUGGUGUUCUGCCUUGCCUUUGGAGCCACGCUGCUACUGGCUGGCAAAAUCCAAUUUGGCUACGUAUAUGGAAUCAGUGCAAUUGGAUGUUUAGGAAUGUUUUGUUUGUUAAAUUUAAUGAGUAUGACAGGUGUCUCAUUUGGUUGUGUGGCAAGUGUCCUGGGGUAUUGUCUUCUUCCCAUGAUCCUGCUAUCCAGCUUUGCAGUGGUAUUUUCUUUACAAGGAAUGGUAGGAAUUCUUCUCACUGCAACGAUUAUUGGCUGGUGUAGCUUUUCUGCUUCCAAAAUUUUUAUUUCUGCAUUAGCCAUGGACGGACAACAACUUUUAGUGGCAUAUCCUUGUGCUUUAUUGUAUGGAGUCUUUGCCCUGAUUUCCAUCUUUUGAACUGAUUUGUCUGGGAUGUGGAUAUCAAUGGGCCGAAUUCACAAAAAGGACAUUGGACUCUUAAAAUUGGACCAGCAAACUCCUGCAGUGCAGCUCUCGCCGAUUACCAGUAGCCUGGAAGCAGCAGAAGUAGACAAGUAUCGGCUCGUUUGUACAGGACAGUCGAGCCUUGUGUGGGGUCAUCUGCAGACGACUAGAUCUGCGUGUUCUUUUACAGCUAAGAAGUACAGUCUCUUUCCUGAUCCUGCAGCCCUCGACCAACAACUCUCUUCCUUACAAAUUAUAUUAUGGUGUUUUUGAUAGAUUUUUACCAACUGGGAAACCGACCACAAAGCUGAUAAUCUUUCUCAAAAACAACCCAGUUACAGUAAAGAAGUAACAAGUCUUAUUGCAGAAGUAUUUUUCCAAGGAAUUAGGAAAGAAAAUACUUGCUGUAUCCUCAAGUUAAGUGCACUGAAGUAAAGCUGAACAAAACAAAAUCCCAGCGCCAAGCUUUCUGAGUUUGCACUUCAAAUAUUUUGACAUUCCUAUAAAUUGUCUCGUGAAAUCUGUGCUGAAAUUCAGAGAUACAAGCAGUUCACAGUCUACCUCGUGGAGAUGAAAUGUGAACAGCUGUUUAGACAUUAAUGUCAACUAAUCUGGACUGGCCACUUGAUGCUUAGUUCUGUCCACAUGUCCCAGGAAGAAGAAAUCUUUAACUUUUUUUUUUUGAGAAAAAAAUAUUUAAAAUUUCACAAUUUCAGUAUUGCAGUUAUCAAUGUAUAGUGAAUUUGAUGCUUAUUAAAUUUUUUCCCAAUUAA